UCUGGUCCAGUCUCGAUUCUGGUCUCUCUGUGUCUUGUGUGUGCCACUGGUGAUGAUGAUGAUGGUGUGAAUUUACAAUUAUUAUUUAAAAAAAAAAUAAACAAAAGUAAUAAGCAAUAAUAUUUGUCACGAAAUUAGUCUUUGUUAAUUAUUAAUGGGUCAAGUGGUUUAUCAAUAUUCGUCAAUUAAAUACCAAUAAUAUAUAAUUGUUUGUGUUUCGAUUUAUGUGAUUAUGAUAUUGAUGAUCACUUGGUAUAAUUUCAAGGAUCCUUUGACAACCAGACAAAUAUAUCAUAUGCCUUUUGACAAUUAAUAUUUUGAUCAUCAAACAAUGUUAUUUUGAUUGUGGUAAUAUUAUGAUCAACUCAAAGCCAUACCAACUAAUAAUUAUUUUUUAUUAAUAAUAUACUUUUAUUGAUAGUAAUAUCAAGGACUUGUUUAUUAUAAUAAAUUUAUUUUUAUAUUGUACGAUGAUGAGAGUAUCAAGGAUUUAUGCUGAUUUUAUUAUGAUCAUUAUGAUUAAUUGUGGGCAACUUGUUGUGUCUGUCUGACCUUUUGAAUAAUCAUUGAAAAUUAUGAAUUAUUAAUUCAGGAAAAACUUGAGUAUAUUGUUAUAAAUUUAUCAUUUGUUUACUAUGAUAUUUAUUUAAUUUUUUUCAAGUUUCAUUUGUGUUGAAAAUUAAAAAUAUUAAAAAAUGUUGAAUGUGAAAAUAUUGGAUUACAUCGGAGACUCUGGGCGACAAGCACAGUCAAUAUACGAUGAACCGAAAGAAAGACGUUCAUUAUCUGAAGAACGUGCUACUAUAUCUCCUCAUGAUGAUUCAAAACUUGAUUUUUUUGAUUUACUUCAAAAAGCACAAAGUUCUAGACUUGAUGAUCAACGAUGUGCGCCUCCUCCUUGUUAUAACCAGAAUGGAAGAACAGAACAGCCAAAAAUUAUUCAAAUUCAAGCAGAAAUACCAGAGGGUCAUGCACUUAUGAAAGCUGCAAUAAAAGAAGCCGAAGAAAAUUCAUAUGAAAAAUUACCACCACUUGUUGUGGUACCAAAAGACUACUGGGUUGAUGGUACAGAACAUGAUCAUAUUUUAAAAGAAGAAUCAGGACAAGGAUUUAAUCCACCAGCACCUUGGAGGACUAGGCUAGAUCAUGAUGAUACCACAAAAAGCUAUAAACGUUUUUUCUGUGAUAAAGAUCAUUUUAAUUUGUUUGGUAGAGAUGCUGAAGACAGACCGUUAUUAAUAUCUAUAAAAUCAGAAACAAUAUCUGGAUUUGAUCAAUGGAGAGUUAUGUUUAGAGUUCCUGAAGGUUCAAGACACGAGUUAAUACCUUUUGAAACUCUUGGUGAUAUUCCGACACCAGCAAAAAUGAUAAGGGCUAUGAGCUCAACAACAGUUCUGAAAACUUUAAAACCAGUAAUGUGCUCUGAUUCACAAUCACUGAUUUUAAAGUAUGACGAGCACAGUAAUGUAGCAAAUUAUAAAUUUGGUAUUUUACAUCAACUAAAAGGACAAAUAACUGAAGAACAAUUAUUUGGUAAUGUUGGUAUAACACCAGCAUUACAAGAAUUUAUUGACAUGAUGGGAGAUACCAUAAAUUUACAAACACACAAUGGGUAUUGUGGAGGACUUGAUAGAAUAACUGGUGAUAAAGCAUUAUUCACAAGUUUUCGUGGUCGUGAAAUAUUAUUUCAUGUAUCUUCAAUGUUACCACACAGUGCAACAGAUAGUCAACAAUUACAAAGAAAACGACAUAUUGGAAAUGAUAUUGUUGCAAUUAUAUUUCAAGAAGAAGCUACACCAUUUAGUCCUGAUAUGAUUGCAAGUCAAUUUCUUCAUGUAUUUAUUGUUGUACAGGUCAUUCAGCCAUGUACAAAAUAUACACGUUACAAAGUCAGUGUUACUGCACGUAAAGAUGUACCAUGGUUUGGUCCAUCUCUUCCAAUACCAUCAGUAUUUUUUCGAGGACAUGAAUUUAAAAAUUUUCUAUUGACAAAAUUAAUUAAUGCCGAGACAGCUGCAUAUAAAGCAGAUAAAUUUUCACAACUUGAGCAUCGUACAAGAGCAGCAUUAUUAGAGUCUCUUAUUGAAGAUCUACGUGAAAAAACGACUGAAUUUUUAGGCUGUGAUCCAAUUUAUGAAAAUGGUUCAUUAUCAAGUGAAGCAACAUCAAAUACAACUGGUUCAGGUAACCGUUUUCUUGAAAAUGUACGUAAAGUAUUGACUUCUCGUACGAGAAAUUCAUCUGGUGAAUCAUCACGUAAAUCAUCACAACCUGGAUCAAUUAGAUCACCAACAGUACGACAAAUAUCACAAACAAGUUUAAAACAAUCAGUUGAACCACGUGCUACAACUAGUUCACCAAAAGCAAGUAACAGUGCAGAUUCAGAACAACGAAGUCCAAGUGUAUCUAGUUUAGAUAGUAAUCAAUCAACUGGUGAUAGUCAUGAUCCAACAAUUAAACUUUUAUUAAAUGAAAGUACUGGUUAUCGUCAAAUAACAAUCCAUCCAGUACCAGGUGCUAGUAUGCAAAAUGCAAUAAAUAAUAAUAAUGCACCAAGAGAUUCAAGGUAUGCACUUGUUAUUCGUGAUAAAUCACGUGAUGGUGAUUCAUCAAGAGGUCAAAAAAAUGGACAAAAUGGUCAUCGUAAUUUUUAUGAAAGUGAUGAUAGUUCAUUGAAUAGUGACUUGGAUUUAGAUCCGAAUAUUAUUGCUGAUAGUGACACUGGAAUGGAAUCAAUGAGCUCAGCUGAGGCAAAUGAUGCAGCAAAACGUAAAGAUAGUGCUGUUGAUAAUGCUGAUGUUCUUAAGCUAGAAGUAAAUAGUUUAAAAUGCGACAAGCUGGACUUGUUAAAGCAAAAUGUGACUUGUCAAAGAGAUUUAAAGCAAUUACGCGAAAAAGAAUUACAGCUUCAAGCUGAUCUUUCUUUGGCUUCCAAAGAGAUCUUACGACUUAGACAAAUGUUGAAAGAAUGUACAACCAGUAUUUCUGUUGAUAGCAAUGAACAUCAUGCUUCGGCUGUUUAAAUUUAUAUUUAUCAAAUUAUUUAAGAUGUUAUAUAUAUAUAGAGAAAAUUAUAUAUUUAAUUGUCCCUAUGACAAGAAAAGAAAUUUGUUUGUUUUUUUUUUUUUUUUUCUUCUACUGAGAUUAAACAGUAGAAGCAGGCGACAACAAUAAAAAAUGAAUGUUUAAAAUAUCAUUUAACAAUAAAAAUAUAUCAAUAAAAAUAUGUUUUUAUUGUUGAAAUAUAAAAAAUAAUUUCAAUGUUUAUUUUUCAGCAUGUAAUCUAUCGAAAAAAAAAAAAUAUAUAUUCAAUUAUUUCUUUGAGAUGUUUUAUGCUUAUGGACUGAAUACUGACCAAACAAAAAUUGAAGAAAAUAAAAAAAAAGAAAAAAAAAUACAAGUUUAAACAACGAAAUACCGCGGCAGGAUUAAUAUUAUUGAUUAACUGAUUAUAUAUCCGUCUACUUAAGUAUUUAAAUGUUAAUUUAUUGUCAUAGAUAAUUAAGAUAAUUAUUAGAUCCCUCAUAUGUCAAUUGAUGAAGAUAUUAAAUGAUGAGAUUAAGAUCUAUUAUUGAAAAGAGUAAGAUAUUUUUACAUCCAAAUGGACAUUAUCUCUGAUAUAAAACAUAAAAAUAUUUAUCAAAAAAAAUUUCUAUUAUAAAGUAAAAAAACAAAAUAAAGGAUUAUAAUUAUCCUCAAUUGAUAUAUAUUUAUAUCAAAAUAAUAAUAUUUAUAAGUAUAAUUAAUAGUAACGCUGUUUACCAAUAUUUGAAAAAAUUAAAUGUUUAUCAUUGAAUAAAAAACAAAAAAAAUGAUCAAAUAAAAACAAAAAUAAUUGAAAAAAUUAAAAAACGUUGUGUUUAUUAAUGAAAAUAAAAUAAAAUAAAAUACAUGUGUUUUAAAUAUAAACUAUAUUCCAGUUACACAAAAAAAUAAAAAAUAAAAACAGUUGUGUGUUUAUUACUGAUGUUUUAAAUAAAAAGAAUUAAAAUCUGGGUGUUUAUUAGUGUGUUAAAAAUAAACAAAAAAAAAUAUAUAUAUAUUUAAAUUUGAAUAUAAAAUCAUGAUAACAAAUAUUUAAUCAAAAUUGGUAAUAUUAAAUGAUCUAUAAAAUUGAUGCAAUUUAAAAAAUCCUAAAUACAAUGAUCGAUCUUUGGUUUAUUUAUUAUCGCACUUUAAUUUCAACUUCACACUGAUCUUUAUUAUAUUGAGUUUCAUAAUAAUAUCAAACAUUGAGGCACAUUACAAUUGUCGCAAUCUAUUUUCUUAUACAAUUGUCAUUUAUUUUGGACGCGCGUGUGAAUCAUAGAACAAUAAUAUUAUCAAGAAAAAAUUAUCUUAAAGUAUAAAAAAAAGAUAUAAAAAAAUAAAAAGGAUAAAGUUUCAUCGAUGUAUAUUAUAAAAAAAAAAUAACAAUCUUGAUCGUGGGAUUUCUAUCAGUACGUAAGAUCAUAGCACUAAACCAAAAUUUGUUUUGUCUUUUUUUUUUUUUUUUAAAUAAAUUUAAGUUCUUUUGUUUAAUUAGUUUAUAUACACGCCUGAUCUAUUGUUUUAUAAUGCAUUUUACAAUAAUGAUUUAUUAUUAAGAUGAAAAGAAAAUAUGAAGAAAUAGAAAACAAAAAAAGAAAAGGAAGACAACCGUUAGUUGUAUUUUUAUAUUUUCGUGUAUAUAUCAAUGAAUAAGUGCUUUAUUGUCUUGAUUCCCUGACACUCAAUCGAUCAAUAACAAAUACCAAAGUUUAACAUAUAAC